GAAGAAGAGCUUCUAGUGAGUAGGAGCCUCUAGUUCAAACUGUUCCGUACUCCACCCGCACACCCCAGCAUCCUUCUUAAGUUCGGUUUACUACGGUAUUGAGAAAUUUCGGGGAGUGUUCAAGUAGAUACCACAUUCCACCGUACUACGGAGUUAUCAUAUAAUUAUAUUCCACCGAGUCUCGGACAAUUGGUCAGCAGUAGAAUCUUCCAUUGUACUUAAGCUGGCAUAUUCUGCACUUCUCCCUUCUGUAAUUGAAUCAGAAGUUAUAUCUCAACACAAACUCUUUGGAAUCACGAAAAAUGUCAAAAUCAGCACUCAUAUUCGGUGCCAGCGGUGUGACGGGAUGGGCUUUGGUCAAUGAGAUAUUGCACGAUUACCCCAAAAAGGGAAAUUGGUCAAAGGUUCAUGCUCUCACGAAUCGACCUUUGAGUCAAAGUGAUUCCCUCUGGCCAAAAGAUGACAGACUCAACAUUGUUUCUGGAAUCGACUUGUUGCAAGGCACUCAAGAAGCACUAGCAGCUAAGCUAUCAGAGAUUGAAGGGGUAGCAGAUGUAACCCACGUUUAUUACCUAGGUUGGUUUAUCCAAUAAGCCAAUGCGAGAUACCAGAUGUUAACAAAAAACAGCGUACAAGGCUUCUGGAGACCAUGAUCGAGAGUACAAGGAUGCUGAAGCUAUGGUUCGUCGUUCGAUAACCGCCAUGGAUCAUAUUUCCCCUAAACUUGAAUUCGUGGUGCUGCAAACCGGAUCAAAGUCAUAUGGCUGCCAUCUUCUUGAGGCACGGCCUACAGACUACAUAUCUGUUCCUUUGAAAGAAUCACAUCCCCGCAUCAAGUCACCGUACGCUGAGAAGCUCUUCUACUAUGCCCAACUUGAUUGGCUCGCCGAGUACGCGAAGGGAAAAACAUGGAAUUGGUGUGAGACCAGGCCCGAUGUCAUUAUUGGGUUCGUUCCCAAUCAAAACUUCUACUCCUUGGGAAGAUCCCUCGCGGUGUUUCUGUCAUUAUACGCAGAGAUUGAGGGAAAAGGGGCGAUUUGCCCCUACCCUGGACGAAAGACCGCCUGGACUGCAAAAUCACACGACAGCUCAAGCGACAUGAUCGCACGACAGUCAAUACACCUUUCUCUUACUCUGCCGAUUUCCCAGAAGGGUGAGGCUUUCAAUGUUGCAAAUGCCAAAGCACCUGAAUCAUGGGAAACCAAAUGGCCAGAACUGUGCUCGUACUUUGGUCUUAAAGGCACAGGCCCACCUGAUUCGGGCGAGCCCAUUGAAGUGGAGUCGUACGUCCACAAGCAUAUCGCGGUCUGGGACGAAAUGGAAAAGAAGUACAGUCUUAAAACUGGCAUGGCAGUCCCAGACAAAACAUUCAAAACAUUCAGUGGGUUUGAGUACUUUUUACUUUCUUCAUUCGAUUUUGACAGGCAAUUCGAUAUGACCAAGACGUAUGGGACAGGUUUUGAGGAGGAAAGGAGCACCAUUCAGACCUGGGGAGGAGUGUUUGAUCGAAUGAGGGCAGCAAAAAUCAUCCCGUCAUAGAUGAAGAAGGCCUUUUCGGAUUUCUGAAGGCGACACAAAACCAUGAGGUAUUAUCAUAGACACAGUUGAUUCAGAAUGGUUGAUGUUGACAUUUCGACUAGCCCUGAAGUGAAUUGGUCUCGUGUGGUGUGCCCCACUCGUGGCCUGGUUUCCUCAACACCAUCUGGACUUAGUUCGUCAUCAACAUCUCACCACAGAAAGACGUGGGCGCCUCGUUGACGCAUUCUACAAGGGGUUUAAAUAAUAAAUGCUUGUAUUACUGGCGACUGCGGAUGCAGGUGGGAAAAUUCCAAAUUCUCAAUAUCUUGGUUGUGGCAAACAAAUUGACAUUCAAUUGAACACUGCGUCUUUUUGCUUCAUAGUUUCGUCAUCUCCUCUCUCAUAUUGUCGCAGCUUGUUUGAUGCGUUGGAACGGUUGCAAUUUUAGCAUAAUUCCAGAGCUAGUGCGAAGAUGGUUCAUGUAUUCCAGGUCAUUGACAUAGUCAUAGAUACGCUCUUUCCUGCUGGUGGGUUAGCAUGAUAUAUAACCGAA